UGUCCCCAGUAUCAUUGAAGUCCCUUUCUUCCUUGCCCUGGACUGGCCCCCUGGUCCAUCCUGUCCCCGCCCUGGCCCCUUUGUGCCUCCCCUUCCCUCUUUCUCUCUCCUCCUCUGGCUUGGCAUCCCUUCUCCACCUCUAACUCCCUCAGUUUGGCCUUCUUGUCCUUCCUGGCCCCUGCGGUCUCCCUGUCUGGGUCCAAGUCACCAUGCUCACCCCAAUGGUGGCUGGGGGGGUGGUGUUCCCCGGACUCUUCCUCCUAUCCAAGAACACGCUCCAGAGGCUGCCCCAGCUGCGCUGGGAGGAGGCCGACGCAGUCAUUGUCUCCGCCAGGCUGGUGUCCUCUGUCCAAGCCAUCAUGGCCUCCACAGCUGGCUACAUCGUCUCCACUUCCUGCAAGCACAUCAUUGACGACCAGCACUGGCUGUCCUCGGCCUACACGCAGUUUGCAGUCCCUUACUUCAUCUAUGACAUCUAUGCCAUGUUCCUCUGCCACUGGCACAAGCACCAGGUUAAAGGGCACGGAGGGGAAGACGGGACGCCCAGAGCCCUGGGCAGCACCUGGGCCGUGGUGCGUGGCUACCUGCACAAGGAGUUCCUCAUGGUGCUCCACCAUGCCGCCAUGGUGCUGGUGUGCUUCCCACUCUCGGUGGUGUGGCGACAGGGCAAGGGAGAUUUCUUUCUAGGCUGUAUGUUGAUGGCUGAGGUCAGCACGCCCUUCGUCUGCCUGGGCAAGAUACUCAUCCAGUACAAACAGCAGCACACGUUGCUGCACAAGGUGAACGGCGCCCUGAUGCUGCUCAGCUUCCUGUGCUGCCGGGUGCUGCUCUUCCCCUACCUGUACUGGGCCUACGGGCGCCACGCCGGCCUGCCCCUGCUCUCAGUGCCCCUGGCCAUCCCGGCCCACGUCAACCUGGGCGCCGCGCUGCUGCUAGCACCCCAGCUCUACUGGUUCUUCCUCAUUUGCCGCGGGGCCUGCCGCCUCUUCCGACCCCGAGGUUCCCCACCACCCUCUCCUUGUCAGACUCAGGACUGAGGAUGGGGCCUGGGAACCCCCUACCCCAGCCCCUGUGGAGACAGGGCUUUGGGGCCAAUGGGUGGGGGGUGAGAGCCCAGAGUCCCUUGCCUUGACAGCCCCAAGACAGAAGGACUCAGAACAGGGAGGAGCUAAAUACCCUCAGGAGCUGAGGUCGGAGGAUUGGAAGGCAGGAAGAGAGGGGACCGGGAUAAAGAGGCUCUUCCGGCCUCUGUGCCCACAAAAUGAAAGGAAGAGGGAGUGUCAGACAGUGUGCUGAGGUCUGGAGAGCUGGGCUCAGUGGGA